UCCCCGCGGUGUGCGCGCUCCCUGCUGGCAGCCAGGCGGCGGGCUGGACGGUUGUGUGUGAGGAGGACGGAGAGCCGCCAUAGACCUGAGAGAGAAAGAAAGAGAGAGAGCGCGCGGGGCUGAGGAGGAGGAAUGGUCCAGCUUCUGGUUGGGGAGAUGAUAAUGAUGAUGAGUCAGGCUGAGGGUGAAUGAGGAGGAGAAGGAGGACAGACAUCUCCGGGGAACAGGGACACACACAGGAGGACGGAGUGCGGAGCCUCACCACUGACAUGAUGCCGAAUCAAAUCUCGGUGUCAGAGUUUAUUUCCGAGACCACAGAGGAUUACAAUUCCCCGACCACGUCCAGCUUCACCACCAGACUGCAGAGCUGCAGGAACUCCAUUAACGUGCUGGAAGAGGCCUUAGAUCAAGACAGAAAUGCGUUACAGAAAGUGAAAAAGUCUGUGAAAGCCAUUUACAAUUCAGGACAAGAUCAUGUGCAGAAUGAGGAGACCUACGCCCAUGCUUUGGAUAAAUUUGGAAGCAAUUUUUUAAGCCGUGACAAUGCAGAUUUGGGCACAGCGUUUGUAAAGUUCUCCACACUCACUAAGGAACUCUCAACACUUCUCAAGAACCUGCUCCAGGGUCUAAGUCACAAUGUCAUCUUUACGCUGGACAGUCUUUUGAAAGGAGACCUCAAGGGAGUAAAAGGGGAUCUCAAGAAGCCAUUUGACAAAGCCUGGAAAGAUUAUGAAACCAAAUUUACUAAAAUUGAGAAAGAGAAGCGGGAGCAUGCAAAGCAGCAUGGGAUGAUCCGUACGGAGAUUACCGGGGCGGAGAUCGCAGAGGAGAUGGAGAAGGAGAGGAGGCUGUUUCAGUUACAGAUGUGUGAGUAUCUUAUUAAAGUUAAUGAAAUCAAGACAAAGAAGGGUGUGGACCUGCUACAGAACCUUAUCAAGUAUUACCACGCACAGUGCAAUUUCUUUCAGGAUGGCUUGAAAACUGCAGACAAAAUGAAGCAGUAUAUUGAGAAAUUGGCUGCAGAUUUAUAUAACAUAAAACAAACACAAGAUGAAGAGAAGAAGCAGCUCACUGCCCUGCGGGACCUCAUCAAGUCUUCUCUUCAGUUGGAUCAGAAAGAGUCUAGGAGAGAUUCUCAGAGCAAACAAGGAGGCUACAGCAUGCACCAGCUGCAGGGAAACAAGGAGUAUGGCAGUGAGAAGAAAGGAUAUCUGUCGAAGAAGAGUGAUGGAUUAAGAAAAGUUUGGCAGAGAAGAAAGUGUACAGUAAAGAAUGGAAUCCUGACAAUAUCACAUGCCACUUCUAACCGGCCUCCUGCAAAGCUGAACCUGCUCACCUGCCAGGUGAAACCCAACGCUGAUGAAAAGAAGUGCUUUGACCUGAUAUCACAUAACAGAACAUACCACUUUCAGGCCGAGGAUGAGCAGGAUUAUAUAGCUUGGAUUUCAGUGUUGACUAACAGCAAAGAAGAAGCACUUAAUAUGGCAUUCCGUGGAGAUCAGAGUUCGGGAGAGAGCAGUUUGGAGGACUUGACUAAAGCGAUCAUUGAAGAUGUACAGAAAACACCAGGAAAUUAUGCCUGCUGUGAUUGUGGGUCACAAGAUCCAACAUGGCUGUCCACUAAUUUGGGGAUUUUAACUUGUAUAGAAUGUUCCGGCAUUCAUAGGGAAAUGGGCGUCCACAUUUCUAGAAUCCAGUCUUUGGAAUUGGACAAAUUAGGCACUUCUGAACUCUUGCUGGCCAAGAAUGUAGGAAACAAUAGCUUCAAUGAAAUAAUGGAAGGGAACUUACCCACUCCGUCACCAAAACCUACUCCUUCCAGUGAUAUGACUGCACGUAAAGAAUACAUCACAGCCAAGUAUAUGGAACAUAAGUACAGCCGGAAGAUGUGCGCUACAGGAGCAGAGAAACUCGGCGAGCUUCUGGAGGCUGUGAAAUCGAGGGAUUUACUUGCACUAAUUCAAGUCUAUGCAGAAGGAGUAGAGCUUAUGGAACCACUGGUAGACUCUGGACAGGAGCCAGGUGAAACCGCUCUCCACUUUGCAGUGCGCACUGCUGACCAGACCUCCCUGCCCUUAGUUGACUUCAUAGUACAAAACUGUGGAAACAUAGAUAAGCCGAACAGUAAAGGCAACACGGCUCUACAACUACUGCUGUAUUUAUAAUAAGUUGAAUGUUUGAAACUGCUUCUGAGGGGAAAACCAACUAUUGACCUGGUAAACCAGCUGGGGGAAACCGCUUUCGACACUGCAAAGAGAUUAAAAGCAAGCCAGUGUGAGGAGCUGCUUUCCCAAGCCAUGGCUGGUAAGCUGAAUCCACACACCCAUGUAGAGUAUGACUGGAACCUGCGUCAAGAAGAAAUUGAUGAGAGUGAUGAUGAUUUAGAUGACAAGCCUAGUCCAAUCAAGAAGGAGCGCUCACCAAGGCCGCAAAGCUUUUGCCAUUCAUCUAGUAUUUCCCCCCAAGACAAGUUGUUGCCUGGGUUCAGUACUCCACGGGAUAAGCAGAGAUUGUCUUACGGAGCCUUCACUAACCAGAUCUUCAUGUCCACCAGCACAGACUCGCCAACGUCUCCCCUAACCGACGCACCACCACUCCCGCCUAGGAAUGCAGGCGGAAAAGUUACAUCUGGUCCUACUUCAGCCUUCCCUUUAAGCACCCAAUCCCCUAGUGGCAGCUUCACAUUAUCCAAGAAGAAAGCUCCUCCCCCACCCCCUGGACACAAACGAACUCUCUCCGAUCCACCCAGCCCUCUACCUCAUAGUAGGGGGUCAGUCCCUUGGGGUAAUGACACAGGCUCUACCCCACUGGAUAAACCCAUCAACAAGUUUGAAAGGCUUUCCCACUCUGCCAGUACGGGAACAACAAAGACUACACUAGGGCCCAGAGUUCUGCCAAAACUACCUCAGAAAGUGGCACUUAGAAAGAUUGAUACCACUCAUCAUCUCUCGAUGGACAAAUACAACCAGCAGCCAGACAUCUUCCAAAAACCUCCACAGCCAGUAGACCUGCCACAGAAACCGCAGCUCGCAGAUCUUCCUCCAAAGCCACAGCCUUCGGAAUUCCCACAGAAGCCACACAUGGGAGACCUACCACCAAAGCCAGGAGAAUUGCCUCCUAAGCCUCAACUGGGAGACCUGCCACCAAAACCACAGUUGGGAGACCUGCCUCCAAAGCCACAGCUCAAAGAUCUUCCACCCAAACCCAUCCUGGGAGACCUGCCGCCCAAGGUACCCGUAGUAGAGACAUCUCCUAAGCCUCAUACACCAGAGACGAACCAAAAUUCUCAGCCACCGGAGGUGGUACAAAACUCCCAGCCAGCAGAUCACGCACCUGUGCAGAAGCAGGCUUCCGAAGCUUCCAGCGACGGUCCGCCACCUCUUCCAGAAAUGCCAGUGCCACUUCCUCGCAAAAUCAAUACGGGGAAACUCAAGCUGAAAAGGGUAAAGACAAUCUAUGACUGCCAAGCGGACAAUGAUGAUGAGCUGACAUUUGCAGAAGGAGAGGUCAUCAUAGUGACAGGUGAAGAGGACCAGGAGUGGUGGAUCGGCCACAUUGAAGGACAACCAGAUAGGAAAGGUGUCUUCCCAGUGUCUUUUGUACACAUCUUGUCUGAAUAGGACUUCUGAUGUCACAGAUCUACCAUUGCCCAAGCCCAGGCUUGUAGCCAGCUUGCUGCUCUAUGUCUGCUUCCUUGUACUGUAUAUAAGCUACCAUCACCACUUCAUCCAGUACCUUCCAUUCUGUGUAUUGUAAACGUGCUAUCUUACUCCAAAUCCUGUCAGUAUUACAGUAGGCGAACAAGCCCGGUUCCUCGGGUACUAUAGAACCAUUUCCUUGGCCUUCAGCACUUUUCAUGCUCUACUGUCAGACUGUGCUGUUCCAGCUCUCGUCGUGUCCAAAAUAUUUCUGCCCCCGUCCCGUCUUGCGUUUUAGUUACAGUACUAGAUGCCACAACAAGGGCAAGGAAACAUUUUAAAACACAACCCGCAACCAACCCAUCACUUCACCUUCCACAAGCAUUCGAGCCGCCGUGUUAUUUAUUGCAGAAAAUAACAUCUGAAUAGUUUUUCUCGAAAUCUCAAGUAUUGACCGUGUUUCUGUGCUCUGUAUUCAUUCGUUUGGAACUUUCGCCAACAUCCUUAUUGUCACUUUGCUACAAGUAGUUUAAAAAAAAAAAAGAUAUAUUUCUAUCUAAAAGCUUCUUUUAUUAGAAGUAUAUACAUAUAUAUAUAUAAAUACUAUACAUAUAUAUAAAAUACGACAAAUCCGGUUGACUUCAUCGGACUUUAAUGACUGCUAAACAAUAUUAGUCUGUUUACAUUAUGCAUGAUUUCUAAACCAACAACAGCAACAACAAAAAGAAUUCUGGAAUACUUGAAACAGGAAUAUAACUGUAAGUCCUAUACUUUGUUCUGUAGCUGAAAAAAAAAAAAAAAAAAAACAGAUGGAGGGGAAUAUUUUUCCAGUAGAGAGAAUUUAUUUGAAAUAGACAGUAUUACUUCUUACUAACAUGGAUCAAAUCAGGGAGGCGGUCAGCCUCGCGGAAAUAAAUAUGAACGCCUGUGUAUAAAGAAAUCUUUUGUUCUUAUUUUAUUUAACGUGUACCAUAAAUUAUUCCUAGAUGUUGAAAUUGACUUCUGUGUAUUGUCGGUCAUCUAGAAAGUUAUUGAAUCGUAAACAAAAGGUAUUAAAUUCCAAUACUGGUGGGGUCUCUAGUUUGUUCUAGUCUCAAUUUUUGUGUUUUUAUUACUUUUUCUGUGGAUAGGGGUGCGUUGUCCUUUUCAUGGGAAAGCAUUGGUUUCAGCCAUGCAAUCAUAUGAACUGUUGCAAGGUCCGACAGUCCAGGGCAAAUCGUCACAUUACAUACAGAGAGUUAGGUGUCAGUUUCCUAGUGUUAGGUGACCCAUUAGAAACAUGUAAAGAAAAAAAAAACUUUUUUUUUUUUACUUUUUGCAUUAGGAACAAUUUACACAGUGGAAGCUGUUGCCAUUUAUAUAUAUAUUCAUUCCUUUGUUUUUAAGCAGCGUUGUACAUAUUUUAGUUUUACUGUUUUUUGUUUGUUUUUUAUUGCAUUUAAAGAUGCGUACUGAAAGAUGCAGUCUCAAAAAAACAAAAGUGCACAUACAUCGAAAAUAUCACAUCAUUCUUUGUUGUGUAAUCAUUUACUACAAAAAAAAAAAAAAGUAUUUCAUGAAUUUUAUUUUCUUUAUAUUUGAUACAUUUUUUUGUAAGAAACAUUGGCGAAAUCACCUUACUAAUCUUUUGGUGUCUUUAGUGUAACUGGUUAGUUAGGUGUUUUUUUUUUGUCUGCACAUCAAAGUUUGCAUCAAGUGUAAUGGUAUGUAAAAAAAACAUUGGCAGCUAUUUUUCUUACUUUUUCUCUAAUUUCUUUGCACUUUUGUAUUUUACACUUUAGUAUUUUAAGGCACAUCAUUUCUGCAUGUAAAAACUUUAAUUUUUCUAGUACUUUUUUUUAAGCUAGGUCUUUGAAGAAUACGCUCAGAGCAGCAGUGUAAAGCAUCCAGGAGUGACCAAUUUAGACUUUAUUAUUUAUUAACAAAAAUAGUAGACGUAUGUUAGAGCAGUGACGUGAUGAAUGUGAAGUCUCCCUUGCAAAGCGUUUAAAAAUAUGGUACAGUAUUCACUAUUUUUAAGUUGCUAGUUUAUUUUUAUUAUUCAUUCCAUAUUAUAAAUAAAAUGUAUAAAGUGACAACAAA